AUGGCCGCCAGAAACAAGAUCAUUAAACCAGUUGGUCAAGAACCAGAUGCUCUUGAACUCGAAAUUGCCCAAUACCUCGCUGACAUGGAAAAGAAUGUCUCCGAAUUAAAGGCUGAUCUUAGAGGUUUACAAUUCACCGCUGCUAAGGAAGUCGAAGUUGGUCGUGGUAAGAAGGCUAUUGUUAUCUUCGUUCCAGUUCCACUUCUUAAGCAAUUCCACAAGGUCCAAACCCGUAUUGUUCGUGAAUUAGAAAAGAAGUUCUCUGACCGUCAUGUCUUACUUGUCGCUCAACGCAGAAUUAUGCAAAAGCCACACAAGAACAGUCGUGUUAAGCAAGCCCGUCCAAGAUCCAGAACUCUUACUGCUGUUCACGAAUCUUUAUUAGAUGAUCUCGUUUUCCCAACUGAAAUCGUCGGUAAGAGAACUAAGAUUAGAGUUGAUGGUUCCAGAGUCAUGAAGGUCUUCCUUGACCGUAAGGACUCCACUUCCUUAGAAUACAAGCUUGACACUUUCUCU